CUACGUUCUCCGUUCCGCAGUAUCCAUUGUUGCAGUCCAUUGUCACUACAGUUGUUGCUGUUGCUGUCACUAUUAUUGUUGUAGCUACUUUUGUGGAAAAACAUGAUGCGAAACUUUGCCAGUGUCUUAUUGCUGUUGAGCAGCGGCGCGGCUGCCUUUGCGCCGGUCCAGCACAACGGGGUGCGUACCAUCGCCACACCGUCGACGCCGCUCUACGGCAACACGAAGCAGCCUCCGGCCUUGCCACCGAUCAAGGAUAUUUCCUACGGCGAAGAAUCACGCAAAUACCGUCGUACCGUGUACUCGCACGAUGAUUGGGUCAAGCACCGCUCGUCGGAUCGAUUCCUGCGCAACCUUCUCGCCAUUGGCUCGUCCGGUGUGUACAAGUCGCUCGCCAAGGAAGUCCUGGCAACGACGGGAGUUGCGACCUUCAUCGUUUUGUAUAACUGCCUGGUGGGAGGAUACACAGACUUGGAAGGUAUCAAGCACUCGGCGCUUAUUGAAAGCGUAUGGGCUCCCUUGAUGGCCUUGCCUUUGGCGCCCUUUACGCUCUCCAGUCCCUCGCUCGGUUUGUUGCUCGUCUUCCGUACCAACACGUCCUACCAACGUUGGGACGAAGCGCGAAAGAACUGGGGAAUGAACAUUAACCACACCCGCGAUCUGGUCCGCAUGGGAACCAGCUUUUAUGACAAUGCCGCCGUUUCUUCCGAACAACGCGCCAAGGAUUUGAAGGCGUUGAGUCUCGCGACCUGGAGCUUUGUCCGCGCCAUGAAGCGGCACCUGUCUCCCGAAAGCGAAGACGAACAAGAUUUCCGUCGCGAGCUUUUCGAACGUCUGCCGGCACCUCAGGCCCAGGCCAUUAUCGACGCCGCCCAUCGUCCCAACCGUGCCUUGUUCGAUCUGUCGGUCGCCAUUGAAAACUUGCCCAUGCACUUUUUGCGAAAGAACCAAGUUCACCAAGCCGUCACCAUCUUUGAAGACAAUCUCGGUUCCUCCGAGCGACUCUUGACGUCGCCUGUCCCUCUCUUCUACUCCCGCCACACGGCCCGGUUCUUGUCCUUUUGGCUUCUCCUUCUACCCUUUGCGCUUUGGGAUCCUUUUGCCGGGACAUGGAAUCACGUGGGUAUGAUUCCCGCCACCGCCGUCAUUUCCAUCUUUUUGUUUGGUAUCGAAGAACUAGCUACACAAAUGGAAGAGCCCUUCACCAUCCUCCCAAUGCAAGCCUUUUGCGACAAGAUUGGCAACUGGUGCAACGAAAUUGUCUCGUGGCAAGCAGGUGAUAACGGUAUGGCGGUCAACAUGCCGAGCAUGAUUUCUCCCGAAGGUUUGCCUGAACUUAAGGAACCAGCCCCGGUACCCGCCAUGGCGGUAGCCUCCGUCGCAGCCGCAAUGCCCGUCAUGGCCAACGGAGACAUCAACGGUGAUACCACGGGAAUCACCAUGGAUCAGCCGCACAAUGCCAUUCCUUAGUGGACCACUAUUUGAAUAAUGGAAGGCUCGUGGACCUGGGUUCGGUACAAUGCAAUGCGUUGGAGAAGGAUUAUUAUUUCGUACUUUUUAUAGUCUGUUUUAUUCCCC